UAACCUCUCUCUAGUUUAAAUUACAAAUUGAGGAGUGUGACAGGCAGAUCCCACCGAAAUAAAUUAAAUAAAUUCACCACGCUCCCUAUCUUAAUAAAAACCCACAGAAUUCACCCAUCAUUUGUGAUAUUACAUAAUUUUUUAAAUUUUUAUUUAUUUUUAUAUUUCAGCUGGUAAUUAGAGAGGGGCUAUUGCAGCUAGAGCUUGAAGAAACUUGAAGAAAAUAAAAGAUUCCUUUUACAUGAUGCUUGGGGUUUCAGGCGUCAUCAGCCCCUUCGCCGCCGCGGCGGAGAAUCACGAGAGCGGCGGAGCUAGCGGCGGCAGCAGCGAGGCUGGCGGCGCAUCGAGCUCCGUCCUCGCGGGCGGCGCGGAUGAGAAUGAAAAAAUUGGCGGCGGCGGCGGCGGCGGAAAACGGUGGCCGAGGCAGGAGACGCUGGCGCUGCUGAAAAUUCGAUCUGAUAUGGAUGUUACCUUUCGAGACGCGAGCCUUAAAGGCCCAUUAUGGGAAGAAGUUUCCAGGAAAAUGGCGGAGCUUGGGUUUCAACGGAGCGCUAAAAAAUGCAAAGAGAAAUUCGAAAACGUCUUCAAAUACCACAAAAGGACCAAAGACGGGCGCGCAUCCAAACAAGACGCUAAGGCGUAUCGAUUUUUCGAUCAAUUGGAAGCUCUCGAGAACACCUCUCCGAAUAACCACCAUUUCAGCCCUCCGCCGCAGCCUCCGGCGUCGGCAAUGCCGACGCCUGUUGCAUCGGCGAGCCCGACGCCGCUGAGCGUAGUGCCUCCGAAAAACAUAUCCGUUGCGAAUCCGAUAAUUACUUCUUCUCCGCUUCAAUUGCAACCUCAGCAGCAGCAGCAAUUGCAGCAGAUUAAUCCGUAUCUGUCGAAUUCGACGUCGUCGUCGACUUCCUCCGACGAGGACAUACAGCGGAGGAGCGGGAGGAAGAGGAAGUGGAAGGAGUAUUUGGAGAAGCUGAUGACGGGUGUGGUGCAGAAGCAGGAGGAUCUGCAGAAGAAGUUUCUAGAAGCUCUGGAGCGGAGAGAGCGCGAUCGCAUCGCUCGGGAGGAGGCGUGGCGCGUGCAGGAAAUGGCGAGGAUGAAUCGCGAGCACGAACUCCUCCUCCAGGAGAGAUCCGUCGCCGCCGCCAAAGACGCCGCCGUCAUCUCCUUCCUCCAAAAAGUCAUCGGCCAAUCCAAUCUCCAGAUCCCUAAUUUCUCACCAAUGCCGCCUCCGCAAUCGAAUCCAAAUCCAAAUUCAAAUCCGAAUCCAGCUCCGGCAACGGAGCUGAAUCAGAUCCAGAUCCAGCAAAAAGCAGCGGCAUCACCUUCAUGUACAACGAAAACAUUAGAGAUCACGCCGCAUAGAGAUAACAACGGCGGCGGAGAUGAUCAUAUCUCGCCGUGCUCGUCGUCGCGGUGGCCGAAGGCGGAGGUGGAGGCGCUGAUCAAACUGAGGAAGGAUCUGGAAGUGAAGUACCAAGAGAGCGGGCCAAAAGGCCCGCUCUGGGAGGAGAUUUCGAAGGCGAUGAGCGGGAUAGGUUACUGCAGAAGCUCGAAAAGAUGUAAAGAGAAAUGGGAGAAUAUCAACAAAUACUUCAAAAAGGUGAAGGAGAGCAACAAGAAACGGCCCGAGGACUCUAAAACAUGCCCUUACUUCCACCAACUCGACGCCAUGUACAAGGAGCGGGCCAAGAGCCACGUCCCCUCCUUCAACCUCGGGCCCAUCAUGGCCCGGCCCGAACAGCAGUGGCCUCAGCAGAUUCACGACCAAUAUCACGACAAUGAGAGUGAGAAUCACGACGAAGGCGAUGAGAAUGACAAUGACAACGACGACGAGGAGGAAUUGGGAGAUUACGAAAUGAUCGCGACGAAGCAGCCGGCUAAUCCGGUGACGAACGCGGUGGAGGGAGGUUAAAGAUGGCGGUGAAAAAAUGGAGUGAAAAAGAUAUACAGUAAUGGAGAAGAGAGGGGUGUUUUUUAAUGUUUGUUUCUAUAAAUUAUUGGUUAUUUUCAGAGGAAAUAAACUGAGGGAUGUCAAAUUAGAUUAAGGUAAUUAGAAGAGGUAAUAAGGGGGGAUAAAGGAGUAUUUUUUUUUUUUUUGCUUCGAUUCAUUUUUAUAUUUCAUCAUGGAGUGUAAAUUUCAAAGACUAUUGGAUUGAAUGUUUCAUUUUCUUUUC